CGAGAUUUAAAACUUUUGGUAUGUGUUGUGUUUGAUUUAAUUGAAAAAACAAUACAAGAGGAAUAAUUGUUGCUCUUUUUGCAGAGUCAGAUGUCGAAUUUCCAAAGAACAAGAAGCAAGGUCUGGUGGGACUCCGAAGAUGACUAUCCAACAACAUAUCAAGCACCUAAAACGCCACAAAACGCUCAAAAUGUCUCAAACAGCUCUCAAAAUACUACAAAUAAUUUAAAUAAAAACGAGCACUCGCCAAUUGAUAACCAAAUUUUACAAAAAUACCUUGCAGAAAACCAGAACGUACGCGACGUGCCAACUUAUUACGAAGAACAACAAUCUGCAUCUCCCAACCAUCAACUUUCUGGUGAUAAAAAUGUAGUGGAAAAUUUAGAUAGUAGUAAAAAUAAUUUAGAAGGUUUUCAAAAUCUCUCUCCUGGUAGUCCCAGGCCGUAUCCCAGAAUGUUGAGAGCAGCAAGUCCAGCAAGUCAUAGGAGUCAAGAUUCAGGAUUUUCUGAUAGCGAUUGCUCACCAGCACAAACUGCUCCGAAACCGAUAAAACGAGAAGAAAAUUGGCAGAGAGUUAUUGAAAGUUUGAGGAUAUCUAAAAGUUCCGAUGCAAUAUGCAGCAGAAAUGAUCAAGCAGUGGUAAAUGAUGUAAAAGUAAGUACUUCCAAUGGAAUCGACUUUGAAAGUCAACUUGAUGAAAACUUUUGGAAAAACUUGAAAGCUCCUAAAAAAUCUAAUACCAGUACUCCAAAUACCAUAGCUCAAUUCAAUAGUAUCCAAAAAGGUUUUACACCUGAUUUGCAAAAAAUACAAUUAACACCACUGAAGAAUUUUAUGCAAACGCAUCAAGAUGAUAAAAAAGUUGAACCAAAAAAUAAUAUUAUAGAAAAAUCAAAAAGUGUAGAUGUUGAUAUCAGUAACGUGCAACGUAGACCAAAAUUAUUAUCAGUUCGAAGUUGUCCUGAUGGCAGAACAAACAGUGUUCACAGAUUAAUUUACAAGUUUGAUCAUGGUGAGUCACCUUUACCAGGAUUCAAGCCUUCUGUCACAAAAAAUCAAACUGACGAGGACAAUUCGAAAAAUAUCAGCCACGUUGAAGUUUUAUCCAAUACAAAAACAAAAGAUGACACACUUGAUAAAAAUAAUUUAAUUGCAGAUACUUUGACCAAGUCGAACAUGUCAAGUUUUGAAGUAUAUAGACAUGUACCUAAAAAUAUAUCCAGAAAAAUUGAGUACAUAGAUUACUCUCAAAUGUGUUGCGGUCCAAUAAAUGAAGAAGGUUAUACAGCUGAUCAAUCGACAGUAUCUUUGUCCCCUGAAAUGUUCCAUGAAAAACUUGAUGAACUAAAUUUCAGCAAUGUUUCAACAUUGUCUGAAGAUCUACCAGAUGGACACAAAACUUCGUUGAAUUUAACAGGCUCACCUUUAUACCAGAGCAGAUUAUUUGAAGAAACCGAUAGAAAUAGUAUGAUUCAAGAUAAUGAGUUGAACAUGGCUAAAAUAGUGUCACCUAAAAAGCGUACUGACACGUUCAGUCAAGGUGCUAUGGAUGAUUCGUACUUUUAUAAAAAAAGGCAAGGGUUAGCGAAUAAAAGUUUGCCUAAUCCAAGGAGCGAUAAAAACGGUGCAAGGUACAAGUUGAAUUUAACACUGUCCGCAGAAAAAUUAGGAAACACUCCACAAAUUAUUGCUGAAAGUGAUGCAAAUAAUGUAACAACCGUUAGUGUUAAUUCCUACAACAGCAUCGAUGAUUAUGAUAUUCUUUACUCCAAAAAACCUGAACCUAACAAUAACACUGUAGAAAUCACAACCACGCCUGAAAACAUGUGCCAUGUUACCUGUGCAAAUAAAAAAUCACAAGAAACUGAAAUCGCUGAUGCAGCAUUUUCAACACCAGCAAAUGCUAAAAAAUGUUAUAACAAUGAAACUUACGAAUUGCAACUGCCGAGCAGUUCAAAACCGUAUGCUGGAACAUACGAUCAAAAUGUUGGUGGAAAAUUAAGCGAUGAAAUCACCUUACCAUCCAGUGACAGUGAUUUAGCUCCAAGUUGUACUUCAACACCAAAAUGGUACAAACCAUCUGAAGUGAAGCAAUUGACCCCAGUCAGUCACAGAAAAAUUGCAGUGCAUAGGCGAGUAAAUUUACUGGCUGGAUUUAAUGCUGCACCAGAAGACAGUGAUAAGGAAAACAGUCCUAAAAAUGAGGACGAGAAUAAAGUCGGUAUUAAAAUUGUGGAUGGCAAGGUUUGGGUGAAAUCCAAGAGCACUAAUUGUGAAAAAGAUAUGGUACCCAGUAGUACAGGUUCUAGGUCAAACACACCGGACAGAUCAGGUCCUAAAGAUAUCUUCGAAGAAGAAAGACCAGGAGACGUCACGCCAAAAUUUAACAAAGAGGCUGAUAAAAAUAUUUUUGAAGAAAAUCGAACUCCGAAAAUCAAAAAAGAUAAAAAUCUCCUCACCAAAAUUUUUGGAAAAAGACAACAUCAGCAAACGCUAUACAAAACAAUACAAACACACAAAAGUGUGUGA